AUGUCCCGGUUUCCCGCCGUCGCGGGCAGGGCGCCAAGGCGGCAGGAGGAGGGUGAGCGGUCAAUAGACCUUCAGGAAGAGCGGCCUUCGGCUGUUUCCAUCGCUGAUAGAGAAGAGAAAGGAUGCACAUCACAGGAGGGAGGAACUACUCCAACUUUUCCUAUUCAAAAACAAAGAAAAAAGCUUAUUCAAGCUGUGAGGGACAAUUCAUUCCUUAUUGUUACUGGAAAUACAGGAAGUGGUAAAACCACUCAACUCCCAAAAUAUCUAUAUGAAGCAGGGUUUUCACAACAUGGUAUGAUUGGGGUGACUCAGCCACGAAAAGUAGCUGCUAUAUCAGUUGCUCAGAGGGUUGCUGAAGAAAUGAAAUGCACUUUGGGAUCCAAAGUAGGGUACCAAGUUCGUUUUGAUGAUUGCAGCUCUAAGGAAACUGCAAUCAAAUAUAUGACUGAUGGAUGUUUACUGAAACAUAUUCUGGGAGAUCCAAAUCUUACCAAGUUCAGCGUCAUCAUUUUAGAUGAAGCCCAUGAGAGAACUCUAACUACAGACAUCUUAUUUGGCUUAUUAAAGAAAUUAUUUCAGGAGAAGGCUCCUAACAGGAAAGAGCAUUUGAAGGUUGUGGUGAUGUCAGCAACUAUGGAAUUAGCCAAGCUCUCUGCAUUCUUUGGAAAUUGUCCAAUAUUUGAUAUACCUGGAAGGCUUUAUCCAGUCAGAGAAAAAUUCUGCAAUUUGAUUGGCCCACGAGACAGAGAAAAUACUGCUUAUAUCCAAGCGAUUGUGAAAGUGACCAUGGAUAUCCAUUUAAAUGAAAUGGCUGGAGACAUAUUGGUUUUCCUGACUGGUCAGUUUGAAAUUGAAAAAAGUUGUGAGUUACUUUUUCAGAUGGCGGAGUCUGUUGACUAUGAUUAUGAUGUUCAAGAUACAACUCUGGAUGGUUUGUUAAUAUUGCCAUGUUACGGAUCUAUGACAACAGAUCAGCAGAGGAGAAUAUUUUUGCCACCUCCACCUGGAAUUAGAAAAUGUGUCAUAUCCACCAAUAUUUCUGCAACAUCUUUGACAAUAGAUGGAAUCAGAUAUGUGGUAGAUGGUGGCUUUGUGAAGCAGUUAAAUCACAAUCCCAGAUUAGGGUUGGAUAUCCUGGAGGUGGUUCCAAUUUCAAAGAGUGAGGCGUUACAGCGAAGUGGCCGAGCUGGCAGGACUUCCUCAGGAAAAUGCUUUCGGAUCUAUAGUAAAGAUUUUUGGAACCAGUGUAUGCCUGACCAUGUGAUCCCUGAGAUCAAGAGAACUAGUUUGACAUCUGUAGUUCUGACCUUAAAGUGCCUUGCCAUACACGAUGUUAUAAGGUUUCCCUAUUUGGAUCCACCUAAUGAGAGGCUUAUUUUGGAAGCUCUUAAACAACUUUACCAGUGUGAUGCUAUUGACAGGAGUGGCCAUGUGACCAGAUUGGGUUUGUCUAUGGUGGAAUUUCCUCUCCCUCCACAUCUGACAUGUGCAGUAAUCAAGGCUGCUUCUCUAGAUUGUGAAGAUCUACUACUUCCAAUAGCAGCAAUGUUGUCUGUGGAAAAUGUCUUCAUUAGACCUGUUGAUCCAGAGUACCAGAAGGAAGCAGAACAAAGACAUCGAGAAUUGGCAGCUAAAGCUGGAGGAUUUAAUGACUUUGCAACUUUAGCUGUCAUCUUUGAACAGUGCAAAUCAAGUGGAGCUCCAGCUUCGUGGUGCCAAAAACACUGGAUUCAUUGGAGAUGCUUAUUUUCAGCAUUUCGUGUUGAAGCUCAACUUCGAGAACUAAUCAGGAAGCUUAAACAGCAAAGUGAUUUCCCAAGAGAGACCUUUGAAGGCCCUAAACAUGAAGUACUACGGAGAUGUCUUUGUGCAGGCUAUUUCAAAAAUGUAGCUCGAAGAUCUGUUGGGAGAACAUUUUGCACAAUGGAUGGGCGUGGAAGCCCAGUCCACAUUCAUCCUUCCUCAGCACUUCAUGAACAAGAAACCAAACUCGAAUGGAUCAUUUUUCAUGAGGUAUUAGUUACCACCAAAGUCUACGCAAGAAUUGUGUGUCCAAUCCGUUAUGAAUGGGUGAGAGACUUGUUACCCAAGUUGCAUGAAUUUAAUGCACAUGAUUUGAGCAGUGUGGCCCGACGUGAAGUGAGAGAAGAUGCAAGAAGGAGAUGGACAAAUAAGGAAAAUGUAAAGCAUCUAAAGGAUGGAAUCUCAAAAGAAGUCCUAAAGAAAAUGCAAAGAAGAAAUGAUGAUAAGUCCAUAUCAGAUGCACGUGCUCGUUUCCUUGAGCGAAAGCAGCAGAGGUCCCAGGAUCACAGUGACACACGGAAGGAAACAGGCUAA